GUCCCGCUCGGCUCAGCUGCCCGUAGGCCAUCCCCGCAGCGGCGGGCGGCACCGUGCUCCGCAGGGACCCGCAGGAACGCGGCGCCCCGAGGAACCGUCGCCGCCUCGGCUCCGUUCCAGCCAGUGGUUAAAUGGAAGCCGCUCCUGGGAUCUGGAUGGUUUUUACUGAUACAGACGUGGCAUAGCAGCUCCAUCACAUCAGGAGGUUGCAAUGAGUGGAGGUGGGGAGCAGCCUGACAUCCUCACUGUGGGAAUCUUGGUCAAAGAAAGAUGGAAGGUGUUAAGGAAAAUAGGAGGUGGAGGAUUUGGAGAAAUCUACGAUGCGUUGGACUUGCUUACUCGGGAGAAUGUGGCGCUGAAGGUCGAGUCAGCGCAGCAGCCAAAGCAAGUGCUGAAAAUGGAAGUAGCUGUGUUGAAGAAAUUGCAAGGAAAGGAUCAUGUCUGUAGAUUCAUUGGAUGUGGAAGGAAUGACAGAUUUAACUAUGUGGUCAUGCAGUUGCAGGGUCGAAAUUUGGCAGACCUGCGUCGGAGCCAGUCUCGGGGAACAUUCACAAUUAGUACCACUCUGCGGCUUGGGAGGCAGAUUUUGGAAUCUAUUGAAAGUAUUCACUCUGUAGGAUUCCUGCACAGGGACAUAAAACCGUCUAACUUUGCAAUGGGACGUUUUCCUAGCACCUGUAGGAAGUGUUAUAUGCUGGAUUUUGGCUUGGCUCGACAAUUUACGAACUCAUGUGGGGAUGUCCGACCACCACGAGCUGUUGCUGGUUUUCGGGGAACAGUACGAUAUGCAUCAAUCAAUGCUCAUAGAAACAGAGAAAUGGGUCGACAUGAUGAUCUCUGGUCCCUGUUUUACAUGUUGGUGGAGUUUGUGGUUGGGCAACUACCUUGGAGAAAAAUAAAAGAUAAGGAGCAAGUGGGAUCCAUUAAAGAGAGGUAUGAGCACAGACUUAUGUUGAAACACCUUCCUCAAGAAUUCAACAUCUUUCUGGAUCACAUUUCUAAUUUAGAUUACUUUACAAAACCUGAUUACCAGCUUCUCAUGUCUGUGUUUGAUAACAGCAUGAAAACCUUUGGAGUUAUUGAAAGUGAUCCUUUUGACUGGGAGAAAAGUGGAACUGAUGGCUCUCUGACAACAACGACAACUUCAACCACACCUCAGUUACACACUCGUCUUACUCCAGCUGCAAUUGGAAUUGCCAAUGCCACUCCUAUCCCAGGAGAUUUGCUGCGAGAAAACACAGAUGAAGUAUUUCCUGAUGAACAGCUCAGCGAUGGAGAGAAUGGUAUUCCAGUUGGUGUCUCACCAGAGAAGCUGCCUGGGUCCCCUGGGCAUCAGCGUUCUCAGGAAAAAGAUGUUUGGGAAGAAAUGGAUGCAAACAGAAACAAAAUAAAACUAGGGAUUUGUAAGGCUGCUACAGAAGAGGAAAACAGCCAUGGACCUGUGAAUGGAAUGCUUAAUGCACCAAGUCUAGGUUCUCCAGUUCGUGUCCGCUCAGAGACUACUCAGCUGGACAGAGAUGUCCCACUGGUUCGAAAGCUACGUUCAAUUCACAGCUUUGAACUUGAGAAGCGUCUGACGUUGGAGUCAAAGCCAGACACCGAUAAAUUUCUUGAGAACUGUUUGGAGAAGAGGCAGAAAGACUUGAAUGCUGCAGCAGAGACUGCAGUUGCUGCUGUUCCUCCUCUUCCUCAGAAAUCACUUAUUCCUGCUCCUGUGACUUCCCGCAUGGACCAUGUUUGGCACUAUGAUGAAGAAUAUCUUCCAGAUGCUUCAAAACCUGUGUCAGCUGGUUCUCCAGAACAAGUUGAUGGUGUUGUUGGCAAUGGAUUUGUAGCUGUCAACUUAAGCUCCAGCAGGCAGGAGAUCGAUUCUAAGGAAUGGGUGAUAAUAGAUAAGGAACGGGACUUGCAGGAUUUCAGGACAAAUGAAGUUUUAGGGCACAAAACGACUGGAAGUCCCUCAGAUGAAGAGCCAGAGGUACUACAAGUUCUAGAGGAGUCCCCUCCAGAAGAGCAGCCCAGACAGGGAGGUUGGGCAGGAAACAGUGUCCAUGCCAAGAAUCAAACCUCAGGGGUGGAGUUUCUUCUAGCCAUGGAAAGUCAUCCUGCUUCUUCUGAGCAGCUUACAGACAAAUUAGAACUUCUGACAGGAGCUGCUGGACAGCUCCUUGCAGCCACCCCUACAAGUCCUAUGGAAGCUCAAGCAGAAGGAGCACUCACUCCGCUCAACUCAUCCCAUAUGCUGCAUUUCUCCACUCCAAGAAUUUCAAGUCCCAUCCUCCGCACCAUGAGCCCUAUAGCCUAUCUGUCCAUCCACCCGGACCCUCUGAAAGAGGCUGGUUUACCAAGGAGUCAAUCAGCUGAGAGCCACUCCUCUUCUUCCCGCUCAACUGGUCGUAGGCAGCUUCCUGUCAUUCCCUGUGGCAACAAGUUUCCCCCUGUCAUUCGCAUCUCAAAAGCACAACUUCGGCAGGUAACAAUACCUAGGCCUUCUGUGGCAUCCACACAAUCUGCUUCAGAGAGCUUUCAUUAUGGCCACCAGCUAGAGAAAAGAGAGCGAGAUGCGCAGUCUAUGGAACAAACAGUGGAACUUUUGUCUCCAAGAGAAACUUUGCCAGGUUUGGUUGUGACAGAAGAUACCACAGUUAGUGGCAGCAGACCAGGUAUGGUACUUCAUAUCAGCCAAGAAGUGCUUGGAAGGGAAGGACAUGUCAAAGAAUGUGCCAGUGUCCUGAGCAGUGGCCAAAAGGACCUACCUGAAAAACACAGUGGGAGGCAGGAAGAGAAGGAACUUGAAAAGCUUCCUGUAGAGACUGAGGAAGAACUACUUCCAGUGGUUUCUGAGGCUGCUGUUGUAAUGCCGAGCAAAGAACAGAAUUCUUUGCCAGGAAGCUCGAAAUCUGCAGAUGAAGAUCCUCUAACUAAUACUGAUGCUGCUGAAGAAUCAAAGCCAAGGCCUGUCUGCUUGGUGCCAAAUCAAGAUGAGCUUCUGAAGUCAACAGCACCUGAAACACCAGAAUUUUCUCCGUCAAGACGUAUCAACCCAUAUGCUAAUAGACAAGCAAGCAAAAUAGUACCAGUUCAGGAAAAUGGCUUUCAUUCUAAUAAGGAAGAAGUCCGUGUCCAAGAUUUGCAAUGCCACCAAGUGGCUCUUACUACAUUUUUGCACCAGGAAGACAAGAAGGAGAAAAAUGCUCCCAGAAAUGGAGAGUUAUUCCACUGCAUUUCAGCAAAUGAGAAUUCUCAUCGAUCUAAGAAGGACUUAGUUAAAUCUCCUUUUGUAUUCAGGCAGAGCCGAAUCCCGGUUUUAGCACAAGAGAUAGACUCAACAUCAGAAUCCUCUUCUCCUGUUUCAGCGAAGGAAAAGCUUCUUUUAAAAAAGGCCCAUCAGACAGACUUGGUCAGACUACUUGUGGAAAAGAGACAGCUCAAAUCUUUUCUUGGUGACCUCUCAAGUGCCUCUGAUAAGUCACUGGAGGAAAAAAUGGCUGCUGCUCCAGUACCAUUUUCUGAGGAUGAUGUAUUAUCUUCGUUUUCUAAACUGACACUGGACUCUCAUUUCAGCAAGCAGAUGGAAGAUAGUUCUUUAUCUCCAAGCAGCCCUCAGUCCAGAAAAAGCAAGAUACCCAGACCAGUGUCCUGGGUCACCACUGAGCAAAUAAACGGUUCAAGUUCAACUCAGUUCCUUCCUCGGCCACCACCUGGAAAACCACCUACUAGGCCUGGGGUAGAAGCAAGGUUACGCAGAUACAGAGUCCUGGGGAGUAGCAGCUCGGACUCAGAUCUUAUCUCUCGUCUGGCUCAAAUUCUACAGAACGGAUCUCAAAGACCAAGGAGUUCUACACAGUGUAAGAGUCCAGGAUCUCCACAUAGUCCAAAAACACCACCCAAAAGCCCUGUCAACCCCCGACGCAGUCCCAGUGCCUCCCCUAGGAGCUCUUCCUUACCCCGUACUGCUAGUUCUUCCCCAUCACGCGCGGGGAGAACCCACCAUGAUCAGAGGAGUUCCUCCCCACAUCUUGGGAGGAGUAAAUCACCUCCUAGCCAUUCAGGCUCCUCAUCUUCUAGGAGAUCCUGCCAGCAAGAGCACUGCUACAACAAACCAAGCAAGAAUGGUCUGAAAGGAUCUGGCAGUUCCUUAUACCAUUCCCCAAGCGCUAAGACUCCCACAGGAAAGAGCAAAUCAGCCACUAAGCUUAGCAGAUAGGAACUGGGCCUUGACAGGUAUAAAUCCUCCUCUUAAGUCUGAUGCAUGUUGUGUCUGUGUACUGUGUAUUUAAAAAAAAAAAAAUAAUCAAAAAAGUAUAUUUAAAAAAAAAAGUGUUGAAUCUGCGCUUUUUAAGAACGUAAGCUUCAUAAACUAUUCAUGAGAAAGCAUACUUUGUAAAUGAGUGGCCAGGCAUUGCCUAAGAGCAGGCAGCAAGCAGAUCUGGGGGGAAAGGGAGUAGAGGACAGGAAAAGAAUGACUGGGAAGUCAAAGAGGUGCAAUCUGUUUAAAGUAAAAAAAAAUAUUUCCAAGGUGAGUGUUUUAAAAGGGUAUUUAUUUCCAUGUUUUCAGUUUACUUAACUAGAAGAUUUGGCCUAAUUAUUUAAGGCUUGUCUUAAGAAUUAUUUAAGAAAUCCAAAAGCAUUAUUCCCAAAACAGCACCACUUGGUAUGGCUUAAGCAUGUCUCUACAGUUUUUAAAAAAGCACAGUUUAUAAGACAGUAGUAUUUCUACCUUAUGAGUCUCUUUCAUUUUGAGUUUUACACAUCAAAGUCACUUAGUGCUCAUCUUGUCCCUAUCUACUAUAGCACAGAUUUGCUUACAUGAAGUAUCAUAUAUCUUGCCCCUUUUUUACUCUGGUGACACUUUAAAUAUGAAUAUUAAGAGUUUCUAAGAUGUUUUUGUAGUGAUAUUAUGUAGAAAUUUGUUUAGUACUAAUUAGGAUCCAAUAAGCUAAUUCUUGGUUCCAUAUCAUACACUUCUUUGGGAAUCAUAAGGGGUUCUACCUCAUUAGGUAGAAUUUGGAAGAGCAUCCUCAUCUUAGGAGAUGAGAGAAAGAAGUCUGCAGUUCACUGAAUGUUGCAGAUUUAGAAUGGAUUGCAGUGAAUCUUCAAAAAGGAGUGCCUGAUCUUUCCCUAACCAGAAUGAAAAAAGAAUCAUUGUUACUGCUGGCCUUUGCUUUUUCUGUUAGUUAUGGAUCACUGAAAUCACUGAUCUUACAUUGGAGAAUCGAUUAUAACCAAGAUUAUUUAUUUAUUUUAUUUUAAUAAAAAAUGAAAGAUAAACUCCUUGGGAGGAUUCAGGUGACAGAAAUACAGCCAUUACCUUACGAAAUCUGCAUAAGAAUCAUUAGAGCAAAAUACAUAGAAAACAAUCUGAGAUAUUUUUGUAGUUGGGUUUUUGUUAUUCUUCCCAAAUCAUUCUUUGAUAGCCAAGCUUUGUUAUCUGCCAGUGCAGUCCACUGUGUCUAAUUCUUAUAAUUUUUUUUUUUUGGUAGUUACUUAAUAAUCUCUUGUGCUCUACAGAAUCUCUGUAGAGAACAUUGUGAUAGACCUUUUUUUGCUACAUUCAGAAGAGAAUAUUGGCCAAGAAUAGUAACAAGCAUGAAUGCAAUCCUAAAAAAGAUGCAGCCAGCUCUCCUUGGUUAUAACUGUUGUGGUGAUACUGGAUGUGUAGGAGACUUGUCAGUUGCUGAUCUGCUUGCUGUAGUCAUAUGCCUCUCCAGCCAGCAUCUGUGCUUUUUUUUAUUUAACCUCUGCCAAAUGAAUACCUUUGGAUUAAAAGGGAAUAUUUUGUCUCUGAGCUAACACAUUCUAAUGCUGCAUUAAAGCUGCCCUGGAGCUGCACUGAAUUUCACUUGCUCUGUCAGACUAUGUUGAUUUUUCUUUUUCUUACUGUUAAUAUGUACAUGGUUUCUCAUACGUAAUGUAGCACAGUGUGGAACCUUAAUUUCAUUCAGGUUUCAAUCACUACAGAUGAAUGCAAUAGGUAGGGUAUACCUGCUUUUUCUGAAAAAAAACUGUACCAUUGGAAAGUCCUAUUUCUUUGUAUUAUAUUGUAUAAUAGGUGCUAUACCAAUAAUUGCAUGUCCUCAUGGUAAAUUAUAUAAUAUAAAUAUUUAUAUAUACAUACAUGUAUAUGCUUAUAUAAAUUCACUUUCUCAUUUUUCACUUGUAAUUUAUGGACCACGCAUAAUGCAGUUCCCGCUGUUAGUUCCUGAAUACUCUUGGCAUUGCAUCUUCUAUUUCCUGGAGGAAAAAAAAAUUCUGGAAUGCACAAAGUCUAAUAACCUUUAUACCUUGGAACAAGAUUGAAGGACUACUGAUUUCUCAACCAGCCAAUAUUUUGUCUUGCAGCUCUCUGUCUUUCUUUAGAAUUGUGUGUGCAUUUGCAUAUGAACAGGAACAGAAACUGAAAGGUAUUUUUAUUUCUUAUUACAAAUAGGACUUAUUGAUUAUUCAUUUUUCUUUUAUAAUGUAUGUUCUUAAUUGUUAUGAAUACUCAUGAUACAGGUACAGUGGCAGUCAACGAAUACCUGAUAGAUGAAUGUGACAACAAUUCCAUCUUUCCUUCCUGUUUUCCUCAUGGCAUAAAAAAAAAAAAAGAGAGAGAGAGAGAAUACUGGUUCCCAUUUGUGAUAGUUCUACUGUGGGCACUGCUGGAAUUAUUUGAUAAGGUGGUAUGGUAGCCUAAGGUUAUUUUCUCUCCACUCUUCCUUAUUUUCCAUUUUGUUGCAGUCCUUUGAGCUUAUUCCUACAUUAAUAGGAUCAGUUUGAAGAGGUACCGACUUUACGCAUACUCUCCUGAAAUGCUGAAGUUGAGGUGUUCGUAUUUUUCUCCCUAACACGAAACAAUCCAGAAACAGGUAAUUGCUUUACAGAUGAGAAAGAAUAUUAACACCUAAGGAUUUUUUUUGUGCUCUUUCCAAAAAUACAGACUUGUCCAUUACUGCACUUUACUAUGUAUGGCAGGGGAGUUAGAUUACUUGAUCUUUAAAGGUCCCUUCCAACCCCAACCAUUCUGUGAUUCUCUAUAAAAUAAGCCAAUGUUGUAGAUACUCACCUGUACUUGAACUAGUUGCCAAUGUAACGGUAGUAAACUAUGCCAAAAUAGGAUAAAAGAUCAAUCAUGAUUGAUAAAUGAGGCUUCUUUCAGUGCAAUACGAGGUAAAAAGCCUCUGUAUCACCGAAUGCUUCUUGCCGUGGAUUCCACAGGAACUAGUGAGAAAAUCAUGAAAAUACAAAUGGGGGGUGGUUAUGAAUAAUAUGACUUGAAUUACCUGCUCUUCUAGAAAUUUUUAUUGCUUGUUGCCUUCCGCCAAAAACGUACAGAAUUGCAUACUGUAGACUAAUGUAGCAGCUGGUUAAUGUAGUUAGAUAGCGGUCAGCUGAUCACCUCAUCUGUAUAUUUGUUACUGUAAUAUUUCGAGGAGGUCUGUUUAAUUAUCAUGAGCUCUGUAGGCCCCAACACUUGCAUAUGCAACUGACUACAUAGAACCAUCAAUGUAUGUGUGUGACCCUUGUGCAGAGGGGGAAUGAAGGAUCUAUGGAGGGUAUCUGCAACAAAUUUUCAGGAAUGGGAAGAUUUUUCUCCAUGAUAUACAACACUUACAGUCAUUUUGCUUAAGCAUUCAGCAGUUCGUACAGUAAUUUUUAGCUGAAAAACAAUGUAAUUCAAGGAGCUGUUGCUUUGUGCUCUUCAAGUAUCCAUUUCUUUGGAGUGCAGUGCAAUGGAGCUAUGGCAUGUUCUGGAUGCAAAUGCUGCACGUGCAUUUCCUCUUCACGGUGUUACCUGUGCUGUUUCUUCCAGCACUUUGGAGCAUUUUUUAGAGAAAUUGAGGCAGGAAGCUUGUAAAGUAAAACAGAAUGUGAAAAGAUUGACCAUGUCACAAAAACUUUUGUCCUGCAAUUUUGCAUGAUAUAAUGAAUUUGAGUGACGGCCUCGAAAAUCAAUAUUAAUGUCAACAAAAUUUAUUAUUAAUUGCAAAUCUUAAUUGCUAAGCAAAACUCUGUUAAAAAUAAUAGGAGGUGUCAUACGGUAUAACGACACUGGCAAGUCAUAUGACAAUAUGCACCUAUCUAUUUGAGUGGGAUCAGUAAGAACGAACAAUUUCAGUGUUCAAAGGCAGGAGCAAUCUGAGUUUUUAACUGCUAGUACGUACAAUUAUUUGGGAGGCGCAGACCUCUGGGGAGUUAUAGCCACUGGUUGUAACUUGGAAAAUCUGGACAUAUUCCUGCCUUGAAGUCUGCAUGCUUGAGAUGAAGCUUUCUAUCAUACCUCACUAAACAGUCUUGGUAUAGAAGGAAGGGUCUGGUGCUGUAUAUUUCAGAGAUUUUUCCUCUGAAAAAGACUUGCAAGAACUCUACCUGUUAGAAUUUAUAAUUAUUAUGGCAUUGAUUAUCGCUGGCAAAACACAGAAUUUUGAUUUUUUUUAUAUAUAUAAAUAUGUUUGUACAUGUGUGAAUAUACACAUUUACCUAGAUACUGUUAUACUAUAUAGAAACAUGUUAUUUAUAUACAUAUAUACACAUGCUUAUGUGUGUAUAUAGGUAGAAACACUCAGCUAUUGCAUCCUGUUUACUUAAAUUCAUUUACCAGAGUGAGCUGAGGUCUGUGGUGCUUUGAUUUGGUCUGAUCUCUGCUUUAUCUGCCGUAAUUUUGCUAUGCCCUAAUGCCAAUUCUCUUCCAUUUUACAAGGCCUGAUCCUUCAGUCCUCUUUUGGCAGAACUCCUGUAAGCCUUUCUUGUUGCAGUAACGUUUAUGCAAUGGUUGAUUGCAGCACUCCUAAAAAUGUAUUAUUUUUCUCUCUGAUGCGAAUGUAGACAAUGCCAGUUGAAUGAUGUGGACUUUCCUGUAAACAGAUUUUUUUCCAUAAUGAAAUAGAGAUUUCUGUAAAACACUAAGAAGCAGAAACUCUGCUAAGAAGGUGAUUGUUUCAAUGUUUUUAAAAAGUCUAGUUGCAAAACAGGAAGACUUGCCUCCAAUUUUUAUAUGUAUGUUAAAAAUGAGAGAGGAAUCUUCCAGAAAGAAAUAAGAGAAUAGAAGGGAGCUUAAACUCACUAAUGAACUCAAUAACUAACUCAUGGAAUAUACUGAUAGUAGGUUUUUUUUUUUUUUUUAAUGCAGGAAUGAUCCUGCAAGGUGGUGAGAGCCAUGCCUGUCUGUUCAAUGCCAGUGAGCAAGAGGGUUCUCAGGUGUCUAGGUUAAUAUCGUGAUCCGUUAUAGUGCAUUUUCCAUAUGUUUGUCUACCCUAAAGAGUUGUUAGAGAACCAUCAAGUGUAUAAAUAAAAGCCUUGACAAUUAUCCACAAUUCCCAUCUUUAACUGUGAAAGCUUUGGAUGCUCAUUCAUUUCUGCAACUGGCAGGAUAGCACAGGAUAUUUUUAUUCAACUUUUUGAGCAAACCAAGUAGGCAACAAACUGAAGGAUUUUGUUUGCUGUUUUGAGUUGGCUGAAAGGUCUUGUUCACAGUUUGCUGUUGCUGGUAACUUUGGUAAAAGGAAGCAAGGUUCAGUGUUUUGGCUCCGUGCAGUCCGUAGGUGUGGAUUAUGCUGUUCUUAGCCAAUAUGUGCGACCACGUCACACAAGGAUACCUAAGCUAUCCCCUUGAAGCCAGUCUUCCUCUCCCCUACAUGCAACGUUUGUAAAAGAGAAACGUUAUGAAAUUCAGCCUAGAUUCUAUAAUAACUACCUGGAAUUAUCUUAAGAUAUUGCAAAAUACUGAAAAGUUUAUUUAAUCACAGUAGCAACAAGCCUCGUUUGACCGUGGUUUAAGUAACCAGAUUUUUAAUAUUAACCUCUGAGUGUUUGUUUGUUUGUUUUUAAGGAAGAAUUGAAGAGGAAUGUAUUAUUUUAAAGUCUAAUGUAUUAACUUGGCAAUUUUUCCAGCCUUUCGGGAUUGAGCAUGUAGGCUGAUUUUACUCUCUGUUGCUGGUAACACAUCCUCUCUUAACAGGAGCAGUGACAGCAUCUCAAAAACUUUAUACUUUUGUGGGAUUAAUAGACAUUGCUUUUCUAACUUUUUACAAUGGCUGGCAUUUAUGUGGGCUAUCUCCAGGAGUUAUGUAUUUUCCUUUUGGGAGAUUUCUUCAACAGAAACAACCAUGUGGUUGACACAACAAAUUUAGCACAGAGAAACUUGUGACCUACAGAGCCCAGCAGGGAAGCUGAACCUGGGCUGCAGGGGGUGCUUCCAGGGUCUGGCUGGUUUUCUCUAGUGUUGUGAUAGAGAAAUUGUCUUUCAGAGAACAGGAAUUUAGUUGCAGUGCUAUGCAACAAGACCUGUGUAUCCUGCUCCUUCCUUACCACAGGAGAGUUCCAGCUGACUGGUUAAUUUAGGUGCCAAAAUCCUGGGUGAAAUUCUCUCUGGUUUUGUUUCAAGUAUGUCAGGAUUCCCACUAAUGCAGUGCAAAAUGUAAACGCACAAAAUUGUACGUACAAAUAAUGAAUGUGGAUUUGAAGUUUCUGCUCUAAGUGCUGAGCAGUGCCUUUUUUUGUAGGGCAAAUGUUAGCCUGUGUUUUGCUCCUGUUUCUCCCCAGUCCAUGUAAACAACUAGGAUCCUUUCUGUUCUUGUGCAAGUGAAACUUUCAUUAAAAUAGAGCCUAGUUUUGUUUAGCUUUUUUUUUUCCUGCUUAGAGACUGAAGGAAUAAAUUCACUCUAUAAAUCUUGCAUUUGCGGUUACUGUAUUUUAAAUUGGAAAAUGCCUAUUUUUAGUAAAGACUGUGACAUGACUUGCUUUUUGAUCCCAUAUUUUCUGUAAGAAUUACUGCUGUUAGUCAGCUUAGGCCAAGACUACUGAGUCCACUGUUUCUUCUGAAAACAAUACUGCAGGUGGGCUACUCAUACAGGAUUCUGAUGGUCCCCAACUGGCUGUGGGAAUUCAGCUAGUAUUACUUGGUUACAGGUGUUUGUUUCAUUUUGAGAUCACUUGAUCUGUGACCUAACUUUUACAUAAGGGAGCUCUAGUAGCAGCAGGCCAGCUUGCUCCCAAAGGUACAUAAUGUUGACCAGCUUGGUCUGCAAGGCUUCAGAUUCUUUCAAGUCCUUAUCUGCAUUGUGGCAGGCAAGGUCAUAAAGGUUUGACACGAGGUGCAGUAAGGGAUUUUGGUCCACUUUGCAUCUUCUCCUUCUCUCCAGUAUGACUGGACAUCUGGAAUGAUUGCCCAGCAUCCUUCUCUGCAUCUUCUGCUUUUUAAGGUUGGAAUGCAACACUUGAAAUUAUUCUUGAACUUCUAACUGAUUUUCUGUAGAAUCAACCCAGAGAUGAGUUGCAGUGUGUAUUAGAGAGAGAGAGAGAACAGGUGUCAAUUUUCAAAUGCUUUCAUAUGAAUAUCCAAACUGAUAAAAUAAGGAAAUCACCAGCAAUGCCUUCAGACAAGUACUUUUUGAAGCUACAAACCAAUGGCUGCUAAUUGAAAAUCUCUAGGCAAUACCACAAAGAAUGAAAUUGGUGUAUUAGCUAAAAAUACAAUGUUGUCACUCCAUAAGGAAUUGAAUACUUGAUCUGCAUCAUGAUUAAAUUAAGUGCAUAGCAGUUCUGAGGUUGUUCGUUACCACUGAGUAAGACAAAUGUUGAGUCCUUCAAAAUUCUCUUGCUCAAUAAUUGCCAUUCUCUUUCCCCUCCUAGGAAAUCUUCUAAGCCAUUCUUUUUCUUUUAAGUUUGCUCAGGCACCCAAGAACAGGAAAGAGUUGAUGCGCUUGUAAUGGUCAUUUGUACAUAAAGGUGUAAUUAUUUAUUUUCUCAUUUGUACCAUAUCAAGGCUUUGUACAAUGUUUUAAGUUUUGUUUUCAAAUUAUUUUGUAUUUUAUUUUUAUAAACUGGUUAUAAAUAAAAUACUCAUUCAGCAUGCAAAACUUCAA